AUGCGGCCCCUUAAGCCUCGUCUGAGUAAAAGAGCUGCAAAAACCGUGGUGGCUGCAGUAUGGGGUGGAGCGUUAGCAACAGCGGCACCGGUUUCUGUAGUGUCACAGCUGCAGAGGCCUACCAUGUGGCAUCAAUACUGUCAAGCAGAUAUGUGUUUGGAGCAAUGGGAACAUUCAUGGCAGAGUACACAAUACACUAUCUCGCUAUUAGUUCUGCAGUUUGCAUUGCCACUAUGCGCGCUUAUUGCAACUUACGCGCGAAUAGCUUGUGCGGUGUGGGGCGGCCGACCACCUGGAGAAGCGCAAGGCGAUCGAGAUACGCGGUUACAGCAAUCUAAGAGAAAGAUGGUCAAGAUGAUGGUGAUUGUAGUGACGGUAUUCACAAUAAGCUGGCUACCUCUCAACAUGUUUAUUGUAUUGUGGACGAUACAUGAACAUGACGAGAGCUGGGGCAUGUGGCCGGGGAUGCCGUACGUUUGGUUCGCGAGUCACUGGCUUGCCAUGUCACACUCUUGUUACAACCCCAUUAUAUAUUGCUACAUGAAUGGAAGAUACAGGCGCGGAUUCAAGCAGGCUUUCGGGUGUUUAUUUCACAUGCGAUUGGAUACCCCUUCUCGUCACCGGUCUAGUGCCUUUGAAGGAGUACAAAUGUCUGCGAUUAUUCUUGAGCAGAGUCUCGAAAUACCGGUACCUAAGUAA